UGAAAGCAGUUUGUCCUUUGCUACGAAGAGAUGAGGACAGACGUUUUUGACGAUAAUUGAAAUUGAGAAGAAAUCUUUCAGACAUGGAUAAGCUGGCGAAACCGCAAAUAAUCUGUCACAUCGAGAAAUCGGUGGACUAUUCGUUGUUUGAUGUCAAAUGGAUACCAUGCAGCGCCAAGUUCGUGGUUAUGGGUUCUCGGCCUCGUGGUACCGGUAUUAUACAGAUUUACGAGUUGUCGAGCGGCGAGUUGAAGCUCGUGAAGAAUAUCGAGAGGUCUAAUCAGAUGAAGUGUGGAACAUUCAAGGCUUCCAAUCUUCGGGAUAGACAUUUAGCUACCGGUGAUUUUAAGGGUAAACUAAAUAUCUACAAUUUAGAGGAUCCCUCGAUACCAGUUUACACUGCUAACGCUCAUACACAAAUUAUAAAUGCCAUUGAUGGAGUAGCAGGUGCCAGCAUAGGAUGCGGUGCACCCGAAUUGGUAACUGGGUCUAGAGAUGGAAGUGUUAAAGUAUGGGAUUCUAGGCAGAAGAGUCGACCGGUUGCUAUUAUGGAGCCAAAGGAAGGAGAAAGUCGACGAGAUUGCUGGUCAGUCGCGUUUGGCAAUUCUUACAAUUCUGAGGAGAGAGUAGUGGCUGCAGGAUAUGAUAAUGGUGAUGUCAAAAUAUUUGAUCUGAGAGCAAUGACGGUGAAAUGGGAAAGUAAUCUGAAAAACGGAGUUUGCAGUCUCGAGUUUGACAGGAAAGACAUACCCAUGAACAAAUUGGUUGCCACUACGCUAGAAUCAAAAUUUUAUCUCUUUGACUUGAAGACUCAGCAUCCCAAAAAAGGCUUUCCAUAUCUUGUUGAAAAGGCUCAUAAAUCGACGAUAUGGCUGGUUAAGCAUUUACCACAAAAUCGUGAAAUAUUCGCAACCUGUGGUGGUGGAGGAACAAUCUGUCUUUGGAAAUAUAAUUAUCCAGAGAAAAGAAAAAUUAAGGAUGCCGACGGGAUCGAACAGGGUGUCGUAGGUAACGUUAGUUUGCUACAAAAUACUAUGCUCUCAUCGCAACCCGUUAGUUCCUUGGAUUGGAGCCCGGAUAAACAAGGACUUGGUGUUUGCACAUCGUUUGAUCAAUGCUUACGCGUUAUCAUCACUACGAAACUAAACACAUAUUGAUUAAACAGCGGAAAAUGCUUCCGCGUUACGCAACGACGAACAGAUGAGAGUGAAUUAUAUAUUAUUGGACUAAUCUAUUUAGGAUUGGAUUCUUCCUAAGCAUCGGCCAUUUUACACGCAUGGUCGCGAGCAUUACGCAAUAUCGCGCGCGCCAACCUCCGCCAUUUGAGGCGUAUUCGACCCGCAUGUUGUCGCGUAUACCUCGCGUUGCGUCGUGCGAGGAGGCAGCAUUGCAGCUGCGCGCGUACACACAAGGUCAGAAAUACCUCGAUUGUAAUUACAUAAAUUAAUUAUCAUCGUCAGGUCUACAUGUUUUUGCCGGGAUGUGGUUAUCGCCGUUCGAUCCACUCAUUUUAUUUAAUUCUUUAGUUUUUUAAUUUCUUAGAGUUUUAGUUAUAAUACAUUAACAUUUAAAAUUAAACUUUGACACAGAUUUUAGAGGAAAUUAGACGGAGAAAUAAGAUAUGGUAAAAAGUGCAACUAAAAUUUAAACAUCUUUUUAAUUUAGAUUUUACUAAUAUUUUUCCAUUUUCUUGUACUUGACAAAAUGUAUUAUUCCUUUAUACUUUUUCCUUUAUAGCUUAUAACUCAUGUUAUGUGCAUAUUCUUUUUCUAAAAUGACUUGUAUGUCCUUAAAUGAUUUUAUCUUAGAAUAUAUAAUACAAUUCACCGUUUAUGUGUAUUUAACAUAUCUAUAUCAAUCGUAGCAAAGUGAAGGGAUAAUGACUAUCCUGGAAGUAUACCAAGUGUAAGUUGACUAAUUACAUAGCAGAGUGUGUACAUAUUCACAAACAUAUAUACACACGUCGACAAGACAGGUAGAGAAGUGUGCAAUACCUGAUUCCUAUUUUCGUGUUUCGAUGGCGCACUUGGUGAUGCAUUCUGUGACGAUUUGGUCAACAUCCAAGAAUUGGUCGCGCAUAUAGUUGCCCGUACUAUAGUCAAGCCUUACAAUCAUCAUGAUUAAAUCUUGAAUAGAAAGAUUGAUCCCCCAGAAUUCCUAUUUUCCAUUAAAUGUUCAUCACAAAGUGCUUUCAAUGGGAAAGAGUGAAAAAUUAUGUUUUAAGGGAAAUUGAAAUCAAAUCAAAAUUGAUG